UAUAUAAACCAUUAGAGUGCUGGAGCUGCUCUUUAUUGAAGAUAUCAGGGUAUUGUAUCAGCCUUUUCGUCAACACAUUGUCGAGGCAAAACGGCUUUAUCAUGAGUAUUUAACCUGGUUAUCGCCUACGCGUGUGGGUUUAUUGAAUUAAUAUGGUGUUAAUAGCAGGCUAUCACGCUUUAUGACCUUUUCCUAAAUAUUAAUUCAAACGUGUCAGUGCACAAACACGGUAUACUUUCUUUGUUAUGUCUCGAUACUUGUCAUGUUUAUGUAUGAAUAUUUCCUUCAUUGCUCUCGCAUGUCAGGAUUUUAUAUGUUUUCUAUACGAAUUAAGGUUUGCCACAAGUAUCCCGCCCUCAGAUUAAUCGCUUUUAUACUAAAGCGAUUACCCAUGACACUCGCCAUGCCGAGACGCUUUAGUCUCUUGGAUAAGUAACUGCAUGUUAUAGGAAAGAUAACAUAAUAUUUACGUUAUAAUAUUUAGUUUUCUAAGCAAUAAAAUGAACUGCAAUAUCGAACAACAGCUCGAGUUAUCUUCCUAAAAUAAUAAAAAUCAAUAGUUUGGUGGUAUUCUUUAUUUAUAUACGCGUAUACCCCCUGCUCAAUACAUACCUACGUAAUCUUUCAAUAAUUUGUACACCCUGCUUGAUAGUAGGUACGCAAUGAACUUAGGGACAGGGGAAAGUCCCUUUAUUAAUAUAGCUUCCAUUUUAUUGCAUAAAGAAAGUAGGGUUCAGUUUUAGGCAUUGUUUGCCGUAAAGAGGGUUUUAAUUCAUUUAAAACAUACUUUAAAAAAAAAAAAGAUUAGUCGAAUCUUAAGAUAAGACAUUUGAAAAGCUCUACAAUUUCUAAAGAUGCAGAAUAAUAGAGCGAAACGAGCUAUUCAAGCUUCGCUGGGAAAGCCAUUUGAAUGUUUCUGCUCUUUGUUAAAGCCUGGUGUUUUAGAAAUUGAUGGUUAUGAGAUUGUUGUUUGCGAAUGUCCCAAUAACAUUUGUGGUUGUAAAUGGAAAGGGGAAUUGAAUCAUUAUUUGUUGGAUCACAGAAAAAGAUGUAAUUUUCAAGUGGUACAAUGUUAUUGCGGAAAUCAAAUGUAUAAAGGGUACUUUGCACAUCAUCUUAGUUCGGAAUGCAAGCACAGAUUGGUUGUAAAUGGUAUGGCACUUGCACAAAAUAUGAAAAGGUUCAUGCCUAUCAAUGCCUUUAUCAGGAUGUGCUUUGUUAUUGUCAAAAGCCUAUCAAGAAAUGGUGUUUAAGUGAACAUGUUGGGACAGAUUGUGACUUAAGAUUAGAUUUACAGCCUGGGAUGAAUUUUUCUGACUUUUCAAAACCAGAAUCAGAUAUUGAAAUGGUAAAGCAUAAAGGAGAUCAGCAUGAUGUUAUUUUGGAACAGCAGCGUCGUAUAAGAGAAUUAGAAGAGGAAAACAGAAUAUUAAAGAAUUCAAUAAAAAGUUUUAAGGACAAUGUGGAGAUUUUGUCGUUUGCUGUUAAUAAGUUUUAAAUGAUAAGUUAAAUGAUAGGUUUUAAAUAGUUAUGUAUGAAUGAUAAGUUAAAUGAUAGGUUUUAAAUAGUUAUGUAUGAGGAGUUUGUGGGAUGUGGGUUUUAAGUUUUGAAUAAAUAAGUUUUAAAUGAUAAGUUCUUAAUAGUUAAGUUAUGAAGUGGAUUUUGUUGUAUGUGAGUUUUAAGUUAUAAAUAAUAUAGAGGGUAGUUAUAAGUAAAAUAUAGGGGCACGCGGACAUACAAAAUUUAUCUUCGAGUUUUGAAAAGAUCUAAGAGCUAGAAUAUAAGGGUUAGAAUGAAGUGAUGAUAUCUACCCAUCCAUUGUAUGGGUGGUGCAGGUAAUGAAUAUAAGGGUUAGAAUGAAGUGACGAUAUCUACCCAUCCAUUGUAUGGG